AUGGCUUCUGGACAAUCGUGGCUGAACCAAGAUUUCGGUGGAGACGAGGAAGAAUCGGACAAUGACUUCAACCCUGGAUUCGAGGCAGGUUCAGAUGAGGAGGAUGAAGGCAAUCCAGAGAUCAAGUCUGAGAACCCCACGAAAAGACCCAGCAACGACGACGAAGACGAGGACGAUGACCGCCCUGCACCUGCCACCAACGGAAACAAGUCGUCCUCCCCGGUGCGAAAAGACAGACGACCGCCGGCCAAUGAGGAUGAUGAAGACGAAGAACAAAAUGAACAGGCGGACAAUGGUGAAAAUGAUGAAGGCGAGGGAGAAGACCUGAACGGAGAAGACGACGACGACGACGAAGAUGAAGAAGAGGACGAAGACGAUGAAGAUGCCGUAGCCAGUCGACCGCGAAAGCGCCGGAGGCGAGGCCUGAAUCAGUUCUUCGAGGAAGAAGCUGAAGUCGACGAGGAUGACGAUGAACUCGAAGCCGAGGAAGACGAUCUUGGGCCCGACUUCAUCGAACAGAACCACCCCGACGACGACCUCCCCCCCGAAGCAGACCAAGACGAUGCGAGGCACAGAGAACUCGAUCGCCAACGACAGAUCGAGGCGUCGAUGGAUCUCGAGAAGCAGGCAGCAGCUUACAAAGAGCGGUACGGGCGGAGAACAACCACGGCCUUGAGCCAGGGCUCUUUCGUGCCGCAGAACCUGCUCAUGCCCGACGUCAACGACCCGAGUAUCUGGGGCGUCCGAUGUAAAGCGGGAAAGGAAAGAGAAAUUGUCAGCCGGAUUAUGAAGAAAUGGUUCGAGAGCAAAGGCCGGAACCAAUUGAAGAUCUGCUCGGUUUUUGAACGAGGCGAUGGGCCCAUGGCUGGGUAUAUCUUUGUCGAAGCCCUUAAGAAGAGCGACGUGGAAGAUGCCCUGACAAAUGUCCCCGACGUCUAUCCGCGGUCGAAGAUGAAUCUCGUCCCGGUCAAAGAAAUGCCUGACUUGUUGAGAACCAGAAAGGACAAGGAGCUUGAAGUCGGAGGUUACGUGCGCAUCAAGCGAGGACUCUACAUGGGUGACUUGGCCAUGAUCGAAGACGUCGAAACCAAUGGUCUUGAAGUCACACUCCGACUGGUACCUAGGCUUUCCUACGGCUUGGACGAGGAUCAAGGUCGACCAGCUCCCGCAGACGCAAAGCGCAAACGGCCGAAUGCAUUCGGACCGAUCAACACUUUCCAGAAUCGACCUCCACAGAGACUAUUCAACGAGCUCGAAGCGAAGAAGAGACAUGAACGAUUUGUAUCUCAGAACAGAGGGCUGACGGGGAAGAGCUUCACCUACAAGGGCGACACCUACGACAAUGGGUUUUUGGUCAAGGAUUUCAAGUUGCAGCACUUAAUCACCGAAAAUGUGAACCCCAAGUUGGAGGAGAUUACGAAGCUCACCAAGACCGCCGCCGACGGCUCCGAAUUGCUCGAUCUCGAAACUCUGGCCCACAGCCUGCGGAACACCACUGCCGAAGGCAACUACAUGCCUGGCGAUGAGGUCGAGGUGUAUGAGGGCGAACAGAGAGGUAUCGUCGGCAAGACGGAAGCCGUCCAUGGCAACAUCGUCUCCAUCAUGGUGUCUGAGGGCGAACUCACCGGCCAACUUGUCGAGGUACCCGUCAAGGGUUUGCGAAAGCGCUUCAAGGAGGGCGACAACGUCAAGAUCAUUGGCGGCAGCAAAUAUCGCGACGAAGUGGGAAUGGUCUUACGGAUCAAGGAUGACAAGGUCACAGUCCUCACCAACAACAGCAACGAGGAAAUCACCGUCUUCAGCAAGGAUCUUCGAGAAGCCGCCGACUCGGGCAGCGGCGGCGCAGGAAGCAGCAAAUUCGAUGUGCAAGAAUUGGUUCAGAUUGAUCCUACCUCAGUCGGGUGCGUGAUCAGAGCUGAUCGAGAUUCGGUUCGGAUCCUCGAUCAACAUGGCUCGGUAAUGACCAAGGUACCUUCUCAGAUCCAGAAGAUCGAAGGGCGGAAGGGUGCUGUUGCCACGGACAAGAAUGGUUCAGAGAUCCGCGUUGGCGACGUGGUGCGCGAGUCUGGUGGAGAAGGGAAAUCAGGGACGAUUCUGCACAUCCAUAGGGGAUAUGUUUUCUGCCACAACAAGCUCGGUAUCGAGAAUUCGGGCAUCUGGGUCAACCGCUGUACCAAUGUUAUUACCACGGCCGCAAAGGGUGGCCGGAUCACGGCUCCAACUACGGAUUUGACCAAGAUGAAUCCUGCCCUUCAGAUGAAGCGACCCGACAUGUCUAUGCCUCCUCCACAGCGACCUGGACGAGAUCCUCUGCAAGGGAAACUCGUGCAUAUCAACAAGGGGACGUACAAAGGUCACCGUGCUCUUGUCAAAGACACUACCGCUGGCGAAGCAAGACUAGAACUUCAGACGAAGAACAAGGUCAUCAACGUCAGCAAGUUCGACUUGUCGAUCAUUGACACCAACACGCAGAACCGGACAAGAUAUGAAGACUGGAUCAGACAGCGCGGCGGCCCAUCGUCAAUGAGAGCAGGACCCGGCGUACCUGGCUCCCGAGUUCCCGAUGCGGGCUUCGGAGGGAGAACUCCCAUGGGCGUCAUGGACGGUAGCCGAACUCCAGCAUGGGGCACCUCAUCAAGGACUCCUGCCUGGAAUGGUCCUGGGUCCGCUGGUCUCGAUUCCGGCCGCACCCCGUCGUGGAAAGGACCUUCGGGCUCGCAGACGUCUUACGGCGGCGGUGGCAUGACUUCGUACGGCGGUGCAGGCAAUUAUUCCACCAACACCGGUUCUCGCACGCCGGCGUGGAGCUCCAGCGCGAAGACCCCCUAUGGUGGCGACCACGGGUUCAGCUCCUCGGGCAACUCGGGCUUUGACGCCUUUGCCGCCGGCUCCCGCACUCCGGCAUACAACUCGGCCUCCUCACGGACUCCGGCCUGGGGCGGGCCUGGCAAUGUCGCCGCGUCGGCUCCCACGCCCGGCGCGUCGCGUCCCUACGAUGCACCUACACCUGGCAUGUCCGCACCCACGCCGUCCGCCUCUGGACCUGGCCGCUACGACGACGAAGCAUACACCCCGUACCUCAGUGCCCCGACGCCGGGCGCCUCGACCGGCGUGCAGGACGCCCCGACUCCAGCACCGCCGAGUUUCGCGAAGAGCGCGAAUCGCGAGCCGUUGAAGAAUAAUCGCUUCGCCGGUUUUGACGCCCCGACUCCCGCCGCGAGUGCCCCGACCCCGUACGCCAGUGGCGCGUUCGAUGCGCCGACGCCGGCAGCGGGGGGUCCCAGAUACGUGGAUGACGAGGACGACGAGGAGUGA